AUGGAUGACAGCAGUGUUAACAAAGAGCCAAACCAGAAACUAAACUUUUCCUUUAGUGAAGAAGAGACUGAAAGUGAAGAGCAGAAAAAGGUACAAGAACAUGGGGAGACCCAGAGCCCAAGUCCAGAGAUGGGUAAGGCCCAGGACUCAGUGGCUUCUUCGACUCCUCCCAGAAACAUACAGGAACGCAACACAUCUCAGGAGAAAGGUGAGGGUAGCCCAGAUCUAAUUCUGCGGACUCCAGAGUCAGCUCCUCCCAAAUGUCCUGCUACCCCAGCACCAACAGCCAAGAGGAGCAGGCUGCAGCAUGGUGACAGCCCCUCCACCCCCAAGAGCCUGGUGAGCCCGCCGGAGAUUUCUUCAACAGGGAAGCUUCUUCCCCGAAGUUCUAAGCAUUUGAGACACACAUUUGUUCCCCUCAUGGAUGAGAGUACCUCACUGGCUCUGGUCAAUGUUAAUCCAUUCACCCCAGAGUCCUAUAGACAAUCAUUCCUUCAAGGCAAGAGGAAGAUCCGAGGAGAUGUUGAGGAAGCUGGCUCGGAGGAAGGCAAGUUGGAAGGGCUGCCUGCCAAGAAAAGUGUUCUACAAGAAACUAACAUGGCUUCCCGCUAUGAAAAGGAAUUCUUGGAGGUAGAAAAAAUCGGGGUUGGAGAAUUUGGUACAGUCUACAAGUGCAUUAAGAGGCUGGAUGGAUGUGUUUAUGCAAUAAAGCGCUCUACAAAACCUUUUACAGAAUUGUCAAAUGAGAACUUGAGUUUGCAUGAAGUUUAUGCUCAUGCAGUGCUUGGGCAUCACCCGCAUGUGGUACGUUACUAUUCCUCAUGGGCAGAAGAUGACCACGUGAUCAUUCAGAAUGAAUAUUGCAAUGGCGGGAGCUUGCAAGCUGCUAUAUCUGAAAACACUAAGUCUGGUAAACAUUUCCAAGAACCAAAACUCAAAGACAUUCUUCUGCAGAUUUCCUCGGGGCUUAAGUAUAUCCACAACUCUGGCAUGGUACACCUGGACAUCAAACCUAGUAACAUCUUUAUUUGCCAUAAAAUGCAAAGUGACUCUUCUGGAGUCCCAGAAGAGGUUGAAAAUGAAGCUGAUUUGUUUCUCUCUGCCAGUGAGAUAUAUAAAAUUGGUGACCUGGGUCAUGUGACAUCAGUAAGCAAACCUAAAGUAGAAGAAGGAGAUAUUCGAUUCCUGGCUAAUGAGAUUUUGCAAGAGGAUUAUCAACACCUUCCCAAAGCAGACAUAUUCGCUUUGGGAUUAACGAUUGCAGUGGCUGCAGGAGCAGGGGAAUUACCCUCCAAUGGCAGCGCGUGGCAUCAUAUCCGCGAGGGCAACUUUCCAGAUGUUCCUCAGGAGCUCUCAGAAGACUUUCACAAUUUGCUCAAGAAAAUGAUCCACCCUGAUCCAGCUGAGAGACCUUCUGCAGCAGCUCUGGCCAGAAAUGGAGUUCUCUGGCCUUCCCUGGGGAAAACACAGGAGCUCCAGAAGCAGCUGAAGUUGGAAAAAUCCAAGAUGGCCAUACUGGAAAGGAAACUGAGAGAAACCCAGCAGGCCUUAUCCUCUAUGGAAGACGCCCACCAUAGUGACCCUGAGAUCUCUGGGGCUCACACAGGAUCAAGAAGAAAAAAACACCUGGUGGGAGGAAAGACUGCAAAGUCUUCAAGCUUUACCUGUGGGGAAUCUUCUCCAUAAGAACUCAUUUCAUACCACCAGUCUUUUACCAUACAGCCUCCAGAAACAGACACUGAACAUCCAAAUUUCCCUGUUACAAGAAGGAAAAAUUCACCAAUUUGAAUGCCCAAGACUUCAAAAGUCACCUCAUUUAGUAUUUACAGUCAAGGUCAUAAAGCUACUAAGGUUCUUAUCAGCAGUGGUCCCAGGUAUACUAAUUGGUAGCCACUUUUCUUCCCUAUUGUUAUAUUCCUAAUGCCUCCUGUCAAUAACUUAUGCUUAAAUUUUCUGAUGAACAACAAGAAAACGGCCUCUGAAGUGAAAGAAGGGAAUAGCCUUUGGCUUGGCCUGUGGACUGAGAAAUGUCCAAGGACCCCAGGGACUCUCUGUACAUAGAAAGCAACAAUAUUUGUCUUUGAGUUGAAGUAAUAGCUUACAAGAAAUGUGCCUGGAAUUCAACAGUGCUUCCCAAGGUGCAUGAUACUAUUCCUAAAAGUGAAUGCCCACAUUCUGAGCAAGUAGUAUUUUCUGGAUGGAGGUAUUCUCUUCUCUGAUACUGUAUUUAUAAAAUUAAUGGCCCUAUAUUAUGUGAGGUAGGUAGCAAUAAGAAUAUGUAUAACUAGGACAUCCCUGAGCUGGUUAACUUGUGAAAAAAAAAAAAAAAAACCACGGGAGGUAGAGGGUUCAAGGAAAUUUGAUGUUACUGCUCUCUCUCAGUCUAUUUGACUUAACCAUCUUGUGGCUGUUCUGGUUGGUUUGGAUUUUUCUGGAUAUCAACAAUUUCUCUUGAUUUUAGCAGAAUUUGGCUUUGCUUCUGUGAUUUUAGCAUAUUUUAUCCAAAUCCUCUUCUCUGUGUACAUUUUCAUAGGAAUUUAUAAAUAAAGAUUUUAAUUUUUU